AUUAAUAUGGUUUAAUCAGAUGAGCCGGAAUAUUUACAUAAGUCUCUGGAUCACUCGUCCGUGAGGAAACUGGAACAGCAAUUUUCGAUCCGCGCUCCUAUUUCGAUUUCGAUUCCGACUCGUAUACGUUGGUGCUAGCUCAUCAGUUCAAUUAAACUUGAGAGGAGGUAUUGCUAUCUGCUGAUCCACUCCAAUCCAAUCCAAUCACUCCGCGUAGUCUUCGGACUUUCAGAAUGAAGAUGGAGACUUCUUCUUUGGCAAUCGUGACUGCUCUUCUUCUUGUCGUGGCUCAGUUACCUCUGGGGCUCACUUUCUCAUCUAUGGCCCCAGCAUUCUUAUGGUCGUCUCAUCUAAAUGGGAAGAAAGAAAUGGUUGAUUAUAGAAUCCUCGCUCCCAGGGAUUUAGCCAAAUCUACAAUGACUGAAGGAGGAUGGUCAAAAUACCUGUGCUCAAGCGAGGAAGUGCAAGGAUCCAAUAACUUUGCCUUCCUUUUUAUUGGAUCAGAGUUGCAAUCUCUGGAAGUUUCCAGACCCGCAAAAACUGAUCCAGCACUUAUUGACUUGCUGAAGGACUCAAUUUCCAACUCCAAUUCCUCUGUGGCUUUUCCUUAUGUAGUUGCUGGAGAAGAGAAAGUAUCCAUUGAGAGUUCUCUGCUUUCUGAGUUUGCUGAAACUUGUCAGCAUGAUUUUGGAGUCAGUAGAAUUGCUUUAGUGGGGUCAUGUUCUGUGGAUGGUGAAAAUUUUGAUAAAAUAAAUGAUGUUAGCUUGGUUAAUGACUACCUGAACUCAAGGAUUGAAAAGUCUUCGGACGGGCACACUGAUCUGAUUGUCAUGUGCCCUGGAGAUUCCAUGUUAUCACAGGAUAAUGAUCAACCACAUUCCGAAAGCAGCAUUCUUUCUCAACUCCUAAAUGCAGUGAAUGAGAUGGGUGCAAAAUAUUCGUUCCUCUACAUUUCUGAUCCAUUUCGAUCUGAUGAGUAUGUCUCACACAAGGGACUGGAAAGGUUCCUUGCUGAAGGUACCAUGGGAAAUGCCUCUGCUAAUUCCACUGGCUGUGAUGAAGUUUGCCAGAUUAAGUCAUCUCUUCUGGAGGGAUUACUAGUGGGGAUCGUCUUGCUUAUUAUUUUGAUAUCAGGGCUUUGCUGCAUGAUGGGAAUUGAUACUCCUACAAGGUUUGAGACUCCAGAAGCAUCUUGAUUCAGAAACCUGUGAGGGAUUUUUGUUUUCCUGUAGUGGUGAUGAUGAUGGUUAUCUGCUAUGUAAUUUCUUUAGCCUCAUAGAGCUUUAUUUUAUUUACGAUGAACAAAUAACAUUCUGCUUGUGCACACUUUUUAUGAGGGAGUAAGUUAAAAUAAUGGAAAUGGCUUCCACGUAGGAGUUUGUCGAGCAA